AUGGUCGACGAAAAAUCCCCCUCGACGGUCACCGGUAACAGAGAUCGAGAGCUUCUCAUCCCUGUCGCUAAUUCCGGCGUUGACACCGAUGCUUCCAAGCCGUCGUCGUCGGCCUCCUCCGUUCAUCAUACCGGACGCGAGACUUUUUCCAUAGUUGUUAGGAGCUGGGCAUCAAAAAAGUUCAUGACUGGAUGUGUUAUUCUUUUUCCAAUUGCAAUCACCUUCUACUUUACCUGGUGGUUCAUUCAUUUUGUGGAUGGGUUUUUUUCUCCAAUCUAUGCUCAACUUGGAAUCAAUAUCUUUGGUCUUGGAUUCAUAACUUCCAUAACCUUCAUCUUCUUGAUUGGGGUUUUCAUGUCAUCAUGGUUGGGUGCAUCUGUCCUUGGACUUGGGGAGUGGUUUAUCAAGCGAAUGCCUCUUGUUCGUCAUAUCUAUAAUGCGUCUAAGCAGAUUAGUGCUGCUAUAUCACCAGAUCAAAACUCACAAGCCUUCAAAGAAGUAGCCAUCAUUCGGCAUCCACGUGUGGGUGAAUAUGCAUUGGGGUUCAUCACCUCGUCUGUUGUCCUUCAGACUUAUUCUGGAGAUGAGGAGUUAUGCUGUGUCUAUGUUCCUACAAAUCAUCUUUAUAUUGGCGAUAUAUUUCUUGUCAACACCAAGGAUGUCAUUAGGCCAAACAUAUCAGUCCGGGAAGGAAUUGAAAUUAUUGUUUCUGGAGGUAUGUCAAUGCCACAGAUCCUAUCAACGCUUGAUUUACAUGUUCCGGUGGAAAUAAGCAGACUUGGUAGAAGAUGA